AUGUAAAUUACAAUUUAAGGUUGGAAAGAAUUACGCAACUUACGUAUAGUUGAUAUUACUUGGAAAUAAUAGGCUUUCUACUUUUAUGACAUCUUCCCUAAUUUGAUGAUUACAACACUUCUGCAAUGAUAUUUGACUUACUUACCAUCAUGGGUUUUUAUUUGGCAUAAACUGAUAAGCUUAAGAACAACCAUGGCAGAGUAUUCUGGCUCUCAAGAGUUAUCAAAACAGCUGGAAGUUUUAAAGAAAGAGCUGGCAAGGAAAGAAAGGAAACUGAAGAAAUUAGAAAGAAGAGUAAAGGCCAAGCAACAUGUACAAAAGAAAAUCGAGGAAGGAAACAAAGCCCUUAGAGAGACCGUUAAUGAUGCUAUGACGUUAAAAACAAGAGUUGUGACAGUUUGUUCUCCAGCAAGUUCUCCUCAGACUGUUAGUACGAAGCUUAAAGAUACGAAAUUGGGAGAGGGUAAAUUUAUUAUGGAAUGGUUAUCAGUAGAUAAAAAGAAACAGAAUUCCUCAUAUGCUCAAAGAGAUUUUAUUAAGACUAAUCAAGAAGGAGUGAAUGUGAAACAUCAAUUAGAUGUAAAACCUGGAGACUACAAAAAUUAUGACUCAAAACCUAUUAGUAAAAAGGAACAAUACUUUUCUCAAGUCUCAAGCACUUAUAUAAUUUCCAGUUGUGAUGGUAAUAAAAGGACUAAUGUGCCAGAAAUAAAAGACAAACAUCCCACUGUAGAGGUUAAUCCCUGUGAAGAACUGUACAGUAAGCAAGGGUCUGUUAGUAACCAGUUCAGCUCUUCUAUCCGAGGAAAGCCUGCAGAAUGGUGUGAUGUCAGCAAGAAAGAAAAGGGACUAAAAGAAGACAGUGAAAUAAAACACCAUACUUAUUUAGAUAAAGAUGUGCUUAGUUUUUAUUCGGAGAGUAAAACUUGGGAUGUUAACGAUUCAUUCGAAACUGAAAGACGUGAAAAACUGUAUGAUUUUACGUGCCAUGCUACAAAAAGAGAAAGACCUGAUGUCUACUGUAAAACCAAAGUUUAUCCAAAUAAACAUCCUGUUGGUAUUGAUAAGGAUGAAAUUAAUGCAAAACCAUUCAUUAAUAACUGUAUUGAAAACAGUCUUGAUAUUUAUUUGGUGGAUGAUUGGGAGCCAGAAUAUGAUAUUUUUCAAACUGAUAAAGAUAAAUAUAGUACAAAAUCUUGUUUACCAGUUGCUUUUAAAGAUCAAAAACAUGAUGAUUGUAUAUAUUGUAAAAUUACAAAUCAACAUAUUCUAGGUACUGACAUUCAUGAUGUUAAUAUUGGUACACAAUACCCACAUACUGACAUACAUGAUGUUGAUAUUGGUCCUCUAAUCACAGAUACUGGCAUUCAUGAUGUUAAAACUGGUCAACAAAACCCAUAUACUGAUAUACAUGAUGUUGAUAUUGAUCAACAAUACCCACAUACUGAUAACCAUGAUGUUGAUAUUGGUCCACUAAUCACAGAUACUGGCCUUCAUGAUGUUAAAACUGGUCAGCAAGACCCAUAUACUGACAUCCAUGAUGUUGAUAUUGGUCCACUAAUCCCACAUACUGACAUUCAUGAUGUUAAAACUGGUCAACAAAAUCCACAUACUGACAUCCAUGAUGUUGAUAUUGGUCCACUAAUCCCACCUACUGACAUUCAUGAUGUUAAAACUGGUCAACAAAACCCACAUACUGACAUGCAUGAUGUUGAUAUUGAUCAACAAUACCCAUAUACUGACAUACAUGAUGUUGAUAUUGGUCCACUAAUCCCACAUACUGACAUCCAUGAUGUUGAUAUUAGUCAACAAAACUCAUAUACUAACAUCCAUAAUGUUGAUAUUAGUCAACAAAACCCACAUACUGACAUCCAUGAUGUUGAUAAUAGUCAACAAAACUCAUAUACUGACAUCCAUAAUGUUGAUAUUAGUCAACAAAACCCACAUACUGACAUCCGUGAAGUUGAUAUUGGUCCACAAAAUCCAGAUACUGGCAUUCAUGAUGUUAAAACUGGUCAACAAAUCCCACAUACUGACAUCCAUGAUGUUGAUACUGGUUCAUUAAUCCCAGAUAAUGACAUACAUGAUGUUAAAACUGGUCAACAAAAUCCACAUACUGACAUCCAUGAUGUUGAUACUGAUUCACUAAUCCCAGAUAAUGACAUACAUGAUGUUGAUAUUGGUCCACUAAUCACAGAUACUGGUAUUCAUGAUGUUAAAACUGGUCAACAAAACCCACAUAAUGACAUUCAUGAUGUUGAUACUGGUCCAUUGAUCACAGAUAAUGACAUACAUGAUGUUGAUACUGGUUCACUAAUCACAGAUAAUGACAUACAUGAUGUUAAAACUGGUCAACAAAAUCCACAUACUGACAUCCAUGAUGUUGAUACUGGUUCACUAAUCACAGAUAAUGACAUACAUGAUGUUGAUAUUGGUCCACAAAAUCCAGAUACUGGCAUUCAUAAUGUUGAUAUCGGUCCACUAAUCACAGAUACAGACAUCCGUGGUGUUGAUACUGAUUCACUAAUCACAGAUACUGGUAUUCAUGAUGUUAAAACUGGUCAACAAAACCCACAUACUGACAUCCAUGAUGUUGAUACUGGUUCACUAAUCACAGAUAAUGACAUACAUGAUAUUGAUAUUGGUUCUCUAAUCACAGAUACUGCCAUUCAUGAUGUUAAAACUGGUCAACAGAACCCACAUACUGACAUCUGUGAUGUUGAUAUUGGGCCACUAAUCACAGAUACUGGCAUUCAUGAUGUUAAAACUGGUCAACAAUACCCACAUAAUGACAUUCAUGAUGCUGAUAUUUGUCCAUUAAACCCAGAUACUAACAUCCAUAAUGUUAAAACUGGUCAACAAAACCCACUUACUGAAAUCAAUUGUACUGAUUUUGGUCCACUAAACCCAUAUGCUGACAUUCAUGAUGUUAAAUCUGGCCAACAACACAGAGAUAUUGACAUCCAUGAUGUUGAUAUGGGUCCACUAAACCCAGAUACUAGCAUCCAUGAUGUUAAUGCUGAUCAACAAUACACUGAUAUAGGCAUCUUUGGUAAUGGUUCUGAUCAACUUAAGCCUUCUACUGUCAUCCAUGAAUGUUGAUAUGGGUCCACUAAACCCAGAUACUAGCAUCCAUGAUGUUAAUGCUGAUCAACAAUACACUGAUAUAGGCAUCUUUGGUAAUGGUGCUGAUCAACUUAAGCCUUCUACUGUCAU